AGAUCUGGAAAAUGCAUUAUCAAAAUUCAUCGAAUGCGAAACAAUCAACUAUUACGACGAUGAAGCAGAGAAAGCGAUUGAGGAGGCAUCGAAACCUUCCUAUGAUAUUGAAGAUGUCAUCAAGCUUGUGAGAAGUCUUACAAGGAGAACACAGUUGAGUUCGGCGAUAGAUGCGGCACGGAAGACAGAGAAGUGUUCGCCGCUGUCUUUCACAAGCUGGUGCACUCUCCCGCCCUGGAGACCAUUUUGCAAGUGGAGCACGCGCAUGCGCACGACGUGGCCACUGUGACUAACGAGCGUGACGUCAUCGUCGCCGAACUCACUGCG